AUGAAAAAGAUUAAAUUUUUAGAUUGGUAUGUUAAGAUAGGUGUUGCAGCAGCCAUUGUUGGUGGUGGUAUGGAGCUUUUCAUGAUCAAAACUGGCUUCUAUGACAAAGUAACUGAGUUGGAAGCAGAGAAAAGAGCUUGGGAAAAUUCCCCCGAAGCCGAAGCUAGGAGAGAAGCUCUCAACCCUUGGAGACACCUUGAUACCCCUGCAAAGAAGAGUUCCUAGUUGCGCUUAUCUGGUUCGUUGUUUCGCUGAAGUCCUUUAUUGAUGCGGUGUGAAACAUAUAAAAUGAAGAGCAUGCUUGAUGGGUCAAAAUUAUAAAAACAGUUGGCCUAGUACUACACUUUUCAAGAUUUAAAUUGUUUUCUUACUGGUAAUCUUAUACUGCCUGAUUAAUCCUUACUUUGGAGGCAAUAUCUAGUUUGCUUGGAAAUUGACUGUCGUGCAGAAUUAUUUUCUCUCAUAAGUCUUGCAAUAUGGAAAUCUGUUUGACA